AUGGAGUGCAAAAGCCUUCGCAAGAGACAACAUAUUCCGAACAUCCUCAUUGCACACAACCUUGAACUUAUUAUAUCUGGGGUGAUUACGUUCAACGAGACAGCUACUGGUAUAUUUGGCCUUGGGGGCGACAAGCUUUCAAUCGUAAGCCAAUUGAGCAACUUGAUUCACAGAAAAUUCUCUUAUUGCUUACCACCAUUACAUUCAUCAGAUUCAAACCUGACAACCAAGUUAAUUUUUGGUGACAAUGCGGCGAUGAGUGAUGCCGGGGUCAUUUCAACUCCAAUAACCAAAAAAUCACCCAACACAUUCUAUUACCACACAUUGGAGGGCAAUAAAGUUGGAAACGAGAGCCUAACAUACAAAAUGCCUUCAAAAACGAAUUUGGUUGAUUCUGCUGAUGAGCUUGAUCAGGAAUUGAAAAAAGUCAUUCAAGGAAAACUUACUUUGGACCCACUAGGGUUCUUGAGCCUAUGUUACAGUAAUAUUGAUAUUACGAAGUUGCCUACAAUAACAGUCAAAUUCACCGGAGCUGACCUGGAAUUGCCAUCGUCGAUUACUUUUAUCCAAAAAGGAGAUGGUCCAGUGUGUUUAGCCUUUGUUCCUACGAAUGACAUCUCAAUUUUCGGAAACUUGUCGCAAAUGAACUUCUUUAUCGGUUAUGACCUUGUCAAAAGUGUAAUUUCUUUCAAGCCAAUUGAUUGCACAAGUGCAACUAGUGGAAAUUAA